GUGGCGGCAGAUGUUUUAGUCGUGGCGGUCCGCCCCUCGUCUGUGUGAGUGCUGAUUGGACGGUUUGUGCCGGUCGUUUGCAGUCGGAGCGGUCAUGAACGCCUCGGACAGCGACGAGGACUCCUACAACGAGCGGACGGCGCUGGUCCCGUCUGAGAAUCCAGCGGUUCCCUCCUACAGACCAGAUCCUGACCUCACGCCGCCCGACGACGACGCCCCGCCCAAACGGGCGAAGCCGGUGCUGAGCAGGAGGGCGGGUGCGGCUGCCGUUGAUGGCGGCGGCGGCGGCGGCGGUUCGGAUCAGGAGGUGGACGCAGACGACGAGGAGCUGACUCUGAAGUACGGCGCCAAACACGUGAUCAUGCUGUUCAUCCCCGUCACGCUCUGCAUGGUGGUCGUGGUCGCCACCAUCAAGUCUGUCAGCUUCUACACGGAGAAGACCGACCAGCAGCUGAUCUACACGCCGUUCACGGAGAACACGGCGUCCGUCGGCCGCCGCCUCCUCAACUCCGUCCUCAACACCAUCAUCAUGAUCAGCGUCAUCGUGGUCAUGACCAUCUUCCUGGUCGUCCUCUACAAGUAUCGCUGCUACAAGGUACGUGACGUCAUCAGGCGCCGACGCUUCUGCAGAAAUAUCGCCGCAUCGUUUUAGUCAUUUUGGUCAUUUUUAUUUUGGCGGGACCACGAGUUUGGAAGGCUUGUUUUCGGCAAAAAGAAAAAAAAUCACCAUAAAAUUUGAAAGAUGAAGAAAAUUGGAAAUCUGUUUUUCAAAUAACUCAAU